AUGCGGUCGGUAACCAUAACAAUAUUUAUUCUUAUAAAUAUAAUCAAACAGAACUUUGGCAUUCUUAGCGAUUUUCACAAUUGGCAAUUUGAUAUUCCAAUAAACUUUUCAAAGCAUCAGUAUGACGGAAUGUGUACAUCAAUUGUAAGUCAAUGCAUCGGAAGUAUUAAAAUGAUCAAUUUUACUUCAUCAACAACAAUUCAUUUGCAUAUUUCCACUAGCAGUGAUUGGGAAUGUUUAGGACGAAUUAGUAAAUGCUUCUUAAAUGCUCAAUUAAGCUUAUCAUCUAUGCCACAUGCGCUUAUUGUUAGCGCCAAAAAUCCGAAUGCUUAUAUUGGAUGGUAUUGUAUGGUGCAACAAGCAUUUAUAGCUAAAAAUUAUCAUAUCAAAGUUUUCAUUCAAAAUUGCUCACAAAAUAGAUUGAAUGAAUCUAUCAAAUCAAACAAUGAUAAAGUAUUUCACUAUAAACCUAUGAGAACUUUUCAAAUUUAUACAACACAUAAAUUUGUAUAUUUUACUGUUAUUGUUGCUAUCACAGCAUAUACUCUUAUUGUUUAUUUGAUAUUUUGCAUAAUAUUAGCACAAUAUGAAAAAGAAAUUGAAUCUUAUGAACAAUCGCCUCAAAGAAAAAUAAAACAAUGGCAAAUAAAUUCGAGAAAUCAUUCAAAUUUUACUGAACAUUCAAGCCCAACAACAAUAACAUCUAUGAAAAGAAGUGAAACAGAUCAAAGAUUUGAUUGUUCAUUGCGGAACCCAUUAAAAUGGUAUUUUGAAAAAUGGAGUAGAAAGAAAAGAGCGCCCGAAAAAAGAGCAAAGGAAAGUGAAUCAUCAACAAGGUCAACUUCUCCGGCAAGACAACAAAUAUCGUCGAUGAAUUUUUCAACUUCAAUUUCAAAUUCUCAAACUGGAACAAAUGAUAGAAGCGCAAAUGAAUUAGCGCAAGAAAUUAUGCAGAAAAUGCGAAAACAUAAAAGUUUUUCUCAAUCUACUAGUAAAAUUAAGCAAUCAAAAACACAAACUGAAAUUUCAAAAUGGAAAGUAUCGCUUAAUCAAGAAUUAUCAAAUUUUUCACUUUCCAAAAUUAAACCAUCACCUCGGCCAAUGAUCGUUCAGAUUGUUCAUAAUAUUCCAAAUAAUGUAGCAAUUACAUCAAGACAGAUACGUUCACUUCCAAUUUUAACAGCAAUUAAAUUUACAAGACAAGAAGCAAAAGAGCCAAGAGCCAAGACUACAAGGCAACAAUGA